UUGAUAAAGUCCAACUCGGCGUGGGCACAACCCGACCCAUUUCAUUUCCUUUCCUUUCUCAAGUCUGUGACUGUUAAACCAAAAUACUGACAGAAUCUCCAACCAAGAACAAGAGAAGAGGAUGGCAAGCACUGUGGAUGCAGCCGGAGAACCUAUCCCAACUUCGUCGGUUUUGAUGGCCGCUGCGAAGCAUAUAGGGACUAGAUGCCGAAAUGAGAAUUUAGCAUUUUUGAAGUGCAAGAAGGAUGACCCAAACCCUGAGAAAUGCCUCGAUAAAGGACGCCAAGUAACUCAAUGCGUGCUUCACCUGUUCUCCUCUUCCUUUCAUUGUGAAAGAAAGAGGGCAAUCUCACAUGAAAUUGACCUAAAUGAAGGAGAAAGGGGGCUCUUCCAUUGUUUCGUCUUUGCUUUGGCCUACAAGGAUAGAACUGAGCGAUUGUCCCCAAGUUUCAUACUAUUUAAAUAUGCUGAGAGAUCUCCACCAGAACUGCAACAAAGAACUGGAUGCUUAUGCUGGAUGCAUGUAUUACCAUACAAAUGAAUUUGAAUUGUGCCGCAAAGAGCAAAAGGAGUUUGAGAAAGCUUGCCCCCUCUGACAAGGAUAAGGAGCAAGACCCUCCGACCUUGUGAAACAGAAUAAAAUUACCCAACCAUCUGCAUUUUAUCGGAUUUUUUUUGGUCCAACGUACUUUUCAUUGAUCUAUUCUCCGUUGUAUGGUAGCAGAAAACUCGUUUGGAUGUGAAGAAAUGUCGCCUGUUUGAAGUAUUGCAGAAAAUCCAUUGGCUAAAUGCCAUUUUACCCACCGAAUUUUGUUAAAUUAGCAAAAAAAAACCCUCUGUGUUUUGAAA